AUGCAGAAUCGUAUUUUCGAACCUACGCCGCCAAAGGUACGCAAAGUCGUUCUGGCCACCAAUAUUGCUGAGACAAGUUUGACGAUCGAUAACAUUGUCUAUGUCAUCGAUCCUGGAUAUGUCAAGGAGAACCGAUAUACCCCCGCCACCAACAUGGAGAGUCUGGUAGCGGUGCCAAUCUCGCGCGCCUCUGCGAAUCAGCGUGCAGGAAGAGCAGGUCGUACCGGGCCCGGUAAAUGCUUCCGUCUCUACACAAAAUGGGCCUUCUACAACGAUCUACCAGAAUCGACUACUCCCGAGAUUCAGAGAACUAACCUCACAAGUGUGGUAUUGCUUCUGAAAUCGCUUGGUAUCAAUGAUUUGCUCAAUUUCGAGUUCCUGGAUCCGCCAUCACCAGAUAUGCUCAUCAGAUCGCUGGAACAGCUGUACGCCUUGGGGGCACUGAACGAUAAAGGAGAACUUACCCGCGUUGGUCGUCAAAUGGCCGAGUUCCCUACAGAUCCCUUGCUGGCGAAAGCAAUUCUCGCAGCGGACAAAGAGGGAUGCGUUGAAGAAGUAUUAUCUAUCGUCUCCAUGCUUGGUGAAGCAAGUGCACUGUUUUAUCGACCAAAAGAUAAGAAGACGCAAGCAGACACCACCAGAGAACGCUUCACUGUCAAGGAUGGUGGUGAUCACCUUACGUAUCUCAACAUCUGGAACCAAUGGGUGGACUCUGACUUCUCCCAAGUUUGGGCAAAGGAGAACUUCCUCCAACAACGAAGUCUCACGCGCGCCAGAGAUGUGCGUGAUCAGCUGGCAAAGCUUUGCGACCGUGUUGAAGUUACAGUGAGCUCAUGUGGAGCAAGCAACAUCCCACCAAUCCUCAAGGCCCUCACUGCGGGCUUCUUCCCCAAUGCGGCACGCAUCCAAAGAGGAGGAGACAGUUACCGUACUGUCAAGAACAACCAAACGACUUGGUUGCAUCCUUCAUCUGUGCUGGCCGCGACCGGAAACCGCCCCAAGUGGACCAUCUACCACGAACUCGUUCUCACCAGCAAGGAGUUCAUGCGAUCAUGCUUCCCACUCCAGCCAGAGUGGCUGUCAGAAGUUGCGCCACAUUAUUACAAACCCAAGGAUUCAAAACUUCCACGCGCUAACUUCAUACGAAGAGAACUAUCGCCUCAUCAGUCCCGCAAACGCAGAUGCGCUGAUCAUCAUCGAAUACCGCAAGAAGACUCCGGAGGAAUUGAGGAAGAUCAACUAUCAAGGGUUCAACAACCUCAAUCACCAAUACUGUGCUCUACUGGUCACUCACCCCAGCAAGGGUAA